CCCAUUCACCCCAACCAUCGUCCAUGACACGCCAGUCUCACACCCAUGCGACAAUGCUUCCGCGCCGCUGAAUGCCUCUUCCGGCCCGGGCAGGCAACCCUCUCGCGCCAAUGGCUCCCGCUCCUCCACAACAGCAGACGAAGCAUACGAAGCUUCGGCACCACCGCCCAGUGCCUGGCCAGGGCCUCGCCACCCGCGGUCGCGUCGGAGCUUGAGAAGCGCGUGGCGGCCAUCCCCAUCGACCGCUUCCGCAACUUCUGCAUCGUCGCCCACGUCGACCAUGGCAAGAGCACCCUCAGCGACCGCCUGCUCGAGCUCACCGGCACCAUCGAGCCCGGCGGCAACAAGCAGAUCCUCGACAAGCUCGACGUCGAGCGCGAGCGCGGCAUCACCGUCAAGGCCCAGACGUGCAGCAUGAUCUACAACCACAAGGGCGAGGACUACCUGCUGCACCUGGUCGACACGCCCGGCCACGUCGACUUUAGGGCCGAGGUCAGCAGGAGUUAUGCCAGCUGCGGCGGAGCUCUGCUUCUUGUCGAUGCCAGCCAGGGCGUGCAGGCGCAGACGGUCGCCAACUUCUACCUCGCCUUCUCGCAGGGCCUGACGCUCGUCCCCGUCAUCAACAAGGUCGACCUCCCCUCUGCCGAUCCGGAGCGCGCGCUCGAGCAGAUGCACGACACGUUUGAGCUGGACCCGGCGAAGGCGGUGCUGGUGUCAGCGAAGACGGGGCUGAAUGUGGCGGCGCUGCUGCCCAGCGUCGUGGAGCAGAUACCGGCGCCGGUAGGCGACUACACGAAGCCGCUGCGGCUGCUGCUGGUGGACUCGUGGUACUCGAACUACAAGGGCGUGAUUCUGCUCGUGCGCAUCUUCGACGGCCAGGUCAAGGCCGGCGACGUCAUCACGUCGUUUGCCACGGGCCUCAAGUACACGGUCGGCGAGGUGGGCAUGAUGUACCCGGACCAGACGCCCAUGUCCAAGCUGCGCGCCGGCCAAGUCGGCUACAUCUACUUCAACCCGGGCAUGAAGCGCUCCAAGGAAGCCAAGGUGGGCGACACGUACACGCACGUGGGGUCGGAGAAGCUGGUGGAGCCGCUGCCGGGCUUCGAGGAGCCGAAGGCGAUGGUGUUCGUGGCGGCGUUCCCGGUCGACCAGUCGGACUACGAGCGCCUCGAAGACAGCAUCACGCAGAUUAUGCUGAACGACCGGUCGGUGACGGUGUCGAAGGAGUCGUCGGAGGCGCUGGGCGGCGGGUGGCGCCUCGGCUUCCUGGGCACGCUGCACUGCUCGGUGUUUGAGGACCGGCUGCGGCAGGAGCACGGCGGGCGCAUCAUCAUCACGCCGCCGGCGGUGCCGACCAAGGUCGUGUACAAGGACGGCAGCGAGCGCAUCAUCGACAACCCGAACCAGUUCCCGGACGAAGUGGCGCUGCACUCCAAGGUGGCGGAGCUGCAGGAGCCGUACGUGCACGCGACCAUCACGCUGCCCGAAGAGUACAUCGGGCGGGUCGUGGAGCUGUGCGAGUCGAACCGCGGCGAGCAAGUCGAGCUCAUCUUCUUCACGGCCGCGCAGGUCAUUCUCAAAUACGACCUGCCACUCGCACAACUGGUCGACGACUUCUUCGGCAAGCUCAAGGGCGCCACCAAGGGGUACGCAACGCUCGACUACGAGGACGCCGGGUUCCGGCGCAGCGGGAUCCAGAAGCUGCAGCUGCUGGUGAACAAGGAGCCGGUGGACGCCGUGGCGCGCGUGGUGCACAGCUCGCAGGCGGAGCGGGUGGGCCGCGAAUGGGUGCGUCGCUUCAAGGAGCACGUCGACCGGCAGAUGUUUGAGAUAGUGAUCCAGGCCGCUGUGGGCAGGCGCAUUGUCGGCCGCGAGACCAUCAAGCCUUUCCGCAAGGACGUGCUGCAGAAGCUGCAUGCCAGCGAUAUCUCGCGCCGCAAGAAGCUGCUUGAGAAGCAGAAGGAGGGCAAGAAGAAGAUGCGCGCUGUUGGCAACGUCAUUAUUGACCAGAAGGCUUUCCAGGGCUUCUUGUCCAAGAGCGGGAAGGGCGAUGAUUGAUUGAUGGUGUGUGUACGUGUGUUUAUAUAUAUAUAUAUAUAUAUAUCGCGUCAUGUACAUAUAUACGCAGGAGUGCUGUAAUAUACC